GCUCUCCUUGGUAGAAGUUGCUGGACGCUGGUGAGCGUUUCGCAGUUUGUCGUCUUUGGACUCAAGAGUGUGUGGGCGCCCAGGAUGCCGCGUGGAAGCCGAAGCCGCUCUUCCCGGGUGGCCCCUCCGGCCAGCCGGGCCCCUCAGAUGAGGGCUGCUCCGAGACAUGCGCCUGCAGCUCAUCCUCCAGCAGCAGCAGCCGCACCAUCCGCAGUUGGCUCCCCUGCUGCUGCACCCAGGCAGCCAGGCCUGAUGGCCCAGAUGGCAACCACUGCAGCUGGUGUGGCCGUGGGCUCUGCAGUGGGUCACACCCUGGGUCACGCCAUCACUGGGGGCUUCGGUGGAGGAGGCAGUGCCGAGCCUGCAAGGCCUGACAUCACUUACCAGGAGCCCCAGGGAACCCAGCUUCUGGACCAGCAGUCUCGAGGGCCAUGCUCUCUUGAGAUCAAACAGUUUCUGGAAUGUGCCCAGAACCAGAGUGACGUCAAACUCUGCGAGGGCUUCAAUGAGGUGUUGAGACAGUGUAGAAUUGCAAAUGGUUUAAUCUAAUCAAGAAGUUCAAACUGAAGAAAUUGAAAUGGACUCUGCCUAAUUUAUAGUGCAAGUGUGGACCCUGAGUAAACAAACCUUAUUUCUAAUAGCUCCAUUAUUUCAGAAUAGCCAUGAAAGAGUCCUAACUAUAUAGUUAUUCACUCAGCUUGUAGUGUUGAAGAACGGGCAAAUGAUGGCCUCAUUGAACCAACUGUAUUGUUUUUUGUGAGUUAAUGAAAAUAAAAUUGUUUGAUUCUG